UUUCGAAAAUUGUUAUUAUUAUUAUUGUUUUUUUGUCAAUACAACCAUAUAUGUGCCUAUACAUGUAAAAAGAUAAAUAAACUACUUCAAAAAUAUUAUUAUUAUUAUUAAAACUUAUAAAAAGAACAAACCACAUAUUAUUACGCGGGUUCAGUGAGACUUUGCUGUGACCACAUAGUGUCCCAAAAUCCAAGGACUCUCCUAAACUCGGAGAAAAUGAUUAGUUAGUCCAGGGACAGCCCCACCUCGUGCACCUACAUCAUUCCCAUUGGCUAGCCCCCCUGCUGAUGGCGUGUUUGGACAAUGCCAUCAAUUUGUCAAACCACCAGCCAAUCACAAUGUUGUGGAACACCAGAUGACCUUGGUCUUGAUCCACCCAAUAAGUUCUCCCUAAACUUCCAACAUUUGUCCCCAACGGUCACACACUUCAAAUAAACAUACCCCCUCUAAACUCGGCUCUCUCUCUCUCUCUCUCUUCAAUCUCUUCUUUUUACUUAGUCUUCUAAUUCCCCCAUCACUCCCCCAGCAAAAUCCGCACAUAUCAGACCUGUUCACACAUCAAUGCUGCCCAUAUGGCCUUAACAACAAUACUCUCUUCCCUCUCCUCACCUCUCUCUCUCUACCCACACUUCUCUCUCAUCAUCUUCAUUACUGUCAUCUUCCUUUCAUUCUCAAUAUUCCCAUUCUUGAAUACACAAUUGGGUAGUUUUAGAAUGACCCUGAAGGGCGGCACGAGCCAAGCUUGCGCUGCGUGUAAGUACCAGAGGAGGAAGUGCUCCGGCGAGUGUCCACUUGCCCCGUACUUCCCUCCUGACCAACCUAAGAUGUUCCAAAAUGCACACCGACUGUUUGGCGUAAGCAAUAUCUUGAAAAUACUAAAACAACUUGACCCGGCUCAGAAAAUAGAAGCCAUGAGGUCUAUCAUCUACCAAGCGAACAUCCGUGAUAGGUUCCCUGUCCAUGGAUGCUGUGGUGUGAUUGGUCAACUCCAAUACCAGAUACGCCUAGCGGAGGAGGAAUUCCAUGCUGUUCAAGCGCAACUUGCACUUUAUCGACAGAAUGAGAUUCAACAACACGAGAUUUCGUGCAAUCCCAAUGAUUGUUCGUCGCAGUUACAACUGGGAAUGGGCCUGCCGCCAAGUAACAAUGCCCUUUCCCUCUUCCAUCAGGAUGCUCCCCAACCUGUUGCAAUGCCCAUUUCAUCAUAUCAAUCCUACCCUAACUGCAAUAAUGUUAUUUACAACUCGGGUUUCGUUGAUAAAGAACAUGUAGUCAAUUCGUUCUGGGUUCAACAUCAAUAUAGUAAUGACAAUAAUAACAACAACAAUAACAAUAAUUCAAUGGCAAUGGCAAUGCAAUCUCAGUUGAUGUCAUCACAAGAACUAACUAUCCAACAAGAACUUGCUCAAGAAUAUGAUGAGAUGCACCCGUUCUUUGACACAAUUGAUGACAGACAAUCAUACAUCGAUUCAAAAGAGGCUUAUGAUUCGAGCUCGGAUUCAUCAUUGAAAGAUACGACACAGUCUAUUGAACAUGUCACUGACAAUGAGUUAAAGAGUGCCGCAGCAUGCUUCAGUCUUACCAGUGUCAACUGAUCAAAUCGCCAGAAGAUAAAAGUAAGGAGAGUAGAAA